AUGGCAGGCCAGUCAAUACCGACCAAAUUCCCCUGCUGGUGCAAGGCCGUCUACUCAUGGGGCGGAGAGACAAAGAAAGACCUGGGCUUCAUCGAGGGAGAUUUGAUCGAGUGUCUGAAUGCAGGAGACGGUUCGUGGUGGAUGGGUCGUCUGAGACGCGACCGGCGCAUGGUUGGCCUGUUUCCCUCCAACUUUGUCCAAGUGCUCGACGAGAAGUUCCAACCAGCUCCCAUUCGCCGCAAUGUUUCGCCGCCCACCACCGUCGCCGCACCCCAAAAGUCAAAGAGCGUCUUCAGGAAGCCAUUUCAAGGUUACAAAGAGUUCGGAUACCGUGAUGAUGGAUGCAAUUCGCGAGGCAGCACACCAGAAGACAGACCUGCCAAAAAGAAGUUCAGUCCCUACUCAAGCAUGAAGACGGCAAAGGCUCCUGGAUCUGACAAGAAGCCUCAAUCCUCACCACUAAAAGAGGAGUCGACAUUCCGCCUUCCUUCCCCAUUGCCGCGCGGCUCUCCUAGCAGGCCACCCUCGCCAGGAGACAUGUACAGAGCUUCCUCUCCAGCGCCAACCACCUUGCACCGAUCAGUCUCGCCUGCACCUUCGGCCUUCUACCGCCAAACUUCACCAGCUCCCUCUGCCAUGUAUAGGACAUCUUCGCCUGCGCCCUCGGCCAUGUACAGAGCUACCUCUCCUGCUCCUUCGGCCAUGUAUCGUCCCGUCUCGCCAAACCCUCAAGACAUGUGUCGCUCGGCUUCUCCCAAUCCCUCCGCCAUGUAUAGUGGACAUGUCUCGCCUAAUGCUGCUUUGUAUCGCGCUGUUUCUCCCAACACAAACGCCGAUUUGUACAGUCGAGCUGCCUCACCGAAUCCUUACCAAACAAUGCCACCGGCUCCCUUCCAUCAAAGCAAUUCACCCUAUCGCGUUGCAUCGCCUGCCCCUUCUCAAUUCCGCCAUUCACCAUCUCCUUCUCCUACUCCCACUCCCAUGGCCGCACCAGGCCAAUACCAAGCAUACAAGCCCCCACAGGAUUACGAUUAUUUCAGGACAGCUUCACCAGCUCCCCCACCAGCAAACCACGUCUCGAGGCAGCCUUCACCAGUUCCGCAGGAUGAUGCAUCUUCUCCUCCGCCUCCAGCACCGCCACCUCACCGUGUACUUCAUCAACAGAGCAGGCCUGUUUCUCCUCGCCCUUCUUACGAGACUGAUCCAAACAAUGGCUAUACCACACCUGGAGCCCACUCAAGGGACGGCCAGUCUUCUGGCAUGACUCCUUCACCUUUGCGCGAUGCUAUGGCCGAUGUGAUGUCUUCUUUGCACGAUAUGAGCAGUGUUGCCGGAAGAUCAUCACCUGCUCCUGGUCCUGAAAGUCCCAAUGGAAUCUGGUCACCAGACGCAUUCGAUCUGAUACGAUCCCGAUCCGCUCAUCAAGCGAGAGCAAAGUCUGCUAUGGAUAUGUAUCGCAGAGAAGCAAGCCCGAACAGGUUAGCAAAUGUACAUGAGACUCAGGACUCGAUCCCAUCUUUACCACCUUCUAGAGAUGGACCUCCUGCGUUGGAUGGAUUUGUUACACGUAUGGAAAGUCGUUUGAGACGAGCAAAAUCCACGGGAGCCGACCUUCAAACUGUUGGAAGUGGCGGCCAAUAUGACAGCAGGCCUACGACGGCCGGCAGUCAGAGUAGUUCGGGCAGUGUCCAUUUUAGCACUCAGGUGCCCAGAAGUCCCAGUCCCCGAAAGUCCGUCUACGAUCUCCCCAGCAGACAACAACUUCGCAGGACACAGACAAGCAGAACCAAUGCAACAAGCUCUUCUUCGGGUACUAACAGCACUUCAACGGCCAGCACUACGAGCACUCAGAUCACCAGUACCAGCAUCAUGAGUGGUCACUCUGCAGGCGCCUUUAGCGCCACUAGUGCUGGUAGCUUUGCUAGGCGCAAGUGGGGUUUGACUGGAAGUGUAAAGGGAAGACGGCCAUUGAGCGCGUUGAGUUCAAGGUCCUAUGGUGAUCUACAGGGAGAGUGUAGUAAGGAAGAACGCCCUAAAACGGCCAUGCAAUCACGACCUCAGUCUCCCGAAACUGGUAUCAGCUUCCAUUCAAGUCAUGCCACGCAGCCCGCCCCAACACCUGUCGCCGACUGGACUACUAAUCCGUUCGAGACUGCGGGCGUGCUCGGAGGCCUUUCAGCUCCCAAAGCUAAGAAGAGUGGCUUCUUCAGAAAGAUGAUCGACACAGCAAAGACAACCGCGAAGACUGGCGCAGCUAAUGCGAGAAGUACGAUUGCAUCCGGCAGACCUCCGAGCAGAGCAGGUUCUCCAAAGAAGAGCAUCAUACCUGAUGGUGUCACCGCCAUCUCUGGUGGUAUGCCUUCUUCGCCACCUACACUCACGUCGACAGCACAUCGUGACAUGGGUCUUGGAGGCGGCGACGGUUGGAUGCAGGUCAGACGUGAUGUUAAUCGUUCCAACUCACUGAGCAGAAAUGAGAGAGUUGAACGUAUUGAGCGUUGCGAGCUGAUGGACAUUCUCGUUCUCAACCCUGUCGAGGAAUUGCUGGAACGGACUGAGGGCGAUGAAGGUCUUGAUGGAUUGGCCAUCACCGAGCCAACAGACUUUGCAGCCCCUAGUCUUGGUUUGGUGGACAAGGGCACAAGAUUUAUUUCUGCUCUUCCUCAGAUGGUCACUCCAACAUCAUUGGCACAGAGCUAUCUUUGCAGGCCUUAUCGUAGCGAUGUUCAACGCCUUCGUGCCAUCUUCACGUGGGUCGCCGAACGGAUCACCUGGGAAGAAGAUUUCGAGGGUCAGAUCGAUACUAGACGUGUCUUGCAGACUAAGCGUGGCUGUAGUGAGGAGAUCGCCGUACUGGUACGCGACCUUUGCUCUGCUGUGGGUCUACAUGCCGAGGUCGUCCGUGGCUACCUCAAAGCACCCGGCGAACGCCUUGAUCUAGAAAGCAUCGCCAGAGCGAAUCACUUCUGGAACGCCGUUAUCAUUGAUGGCGAAUGGCGUAUCAUGGACUGCUCUCUGGCUAAUCCCACCAACCCCAAAAGAAGCAUGUACAGCUCAGCAAACAACACGGUUGCGGACCAUUGGUUCUUCCUCACUCGACCCAUGGAAAUUUGCUACACUCACAUUCCUCUUCUACCUGAGCAACAGCAUAUUGUCCCUCCUGUCCCUCACGAAGUCCUCAUCUCACUGCCAUGCACCUGUCCGACUUACUUCCGUCACCACAUUGAACUGACAAACUACGACACUUCAAUCACCUACCUCGAAAAUCUAGAAAUGGCACAUCUUCAACUCACCGUUCCUGAAGAUGUUGAAAUCGUUGCAGAGGUAGAAGCCCGCGCUUUCGCUCGUGACAUGGACGGUGAUCUCUUCGAAUCAGGCGAUGUGACCAGGAAAAUCGCUCUCGCUCAGCCUACCUGGAUCUCUGGUCGAAAGAGCUAUGUUGUGAAAGCACUUCUUCCUGGGGACGAAGGCGAAGGCAUCUUGAAAGUCUACGCCGGCAAACGAGGUCUCAUGCACAGCAUCAAAGAUAAUCCGCAUACCCUUGCCCUCGCAGUGCCGCUCGUCCACAAUGGACAGAACCCGCCAUAUAGUUUCCUCACGCGUCACCCAACUCCUCACGCUCAACGCCACGAUCUAUAUGUCGCCCAACCCCAAUGUGCCCGCUUGGUCAUCAAUAACACCUUCGUGUUCUGUGUACGCCAACACCCAUCCUCACUCUCCCGCUUCUCGCCCGACACAUGGGGUGGUUCGAACAACGCAGCCUCCAGCAGAGGAAGAAGUAACUCAGCACUAGGCCUUCGUUCUACCUCGCCUGCGCCGUACGCUCGCCCGUCCUCUGCGAUGUCCAUGGCAUCUUCUUCCGCGGGGAUGUCUCACACCGGGAGCAUGAUCUCCGAAAGCUCCAAUUUGAGCGAAAAACAACAGAAACCCGCGAAACUGGCCAUUCAAUCUCCUUCAGGCAAGAUCAUUCGGUUCACAAGAAAACAGGAGUACGGAGGCAGUAGCAGUGGUAGGGGAGCAGAGGAGGAAGAAGGAUUGGGCAGUACGUGGGAGACUGUUAUCAAGGUUGGAGAAAGAGGUGUUUACCGAGGUCUUGUAUUGGCAGACCGGAGUGCCAGGUGGUGUGUUUUUGCGGAGUGGGAGUGUGUUUGA